AUGGACUCCGUCUGCUCGUUCGGCGGUGGGUCGUCGGACUCGGCCUUGGACUUUGCAUUCGCGUUCAAUGAUGUCAACUUUUCGGAUCGAAUUCUCCGGAUCCAGAUACAACCCGACUCACCUAGCUCCAAGCCCGAACCGGUCGAUAGCCUCUCAGGUUGGGCUCGAAAUCGCAAGCGCCGACGGAAUGAUCAUCUGAACACAGCUAUUGAUGUGACCAUGCAACGUGAAGAGCAGAUUUUAAAUUGUAGUAUGCCUGAUAUGGAAGAUUAUGGAAAUCAGGAAGAGGAAAUUAUGGCAAUGAUUGAAGAGGCGCCUGCAGUUGUGGAAUUGGCUACGAAUCAAGUUGACGAUGCAGUAAGUCAGGCCAAUGAAACCUCAAGCAUAGACUGUUCACCUGUUCAAGUGAAGACGAUACACAUCAGUUCUCCAAUUCUAGCAGCAAAGAGCCCCUUCUUUUAUAAGCUGUUCUCAAAUGGCGUGAAAGAGUCAGAGCAGCGACAUGUAACCAUACAAAUCCAUGCCUCAGAAGAAGCUGCCCUCAUGGAUCUGCUGAACUUUAUGUACAGUAAUUCUCUACCAAGGACCAAACCUUCAGAGUUGCUGGAUGUGCUAAUGGCUGCCGACAAAUUUGAAGUUGCUUCAUGUAUGAGGUACUGCAGCCGGUUAUUGCGGAACUUACCAAUGACUUGUGACUCAGCCUUGCUCUAUCUGGAUCUUCCUUCUACCAUUUCAAUGGGUGAUACGGUUCAGUCACUUACAGAUGCAGCCAAGAAGUUCCUGGCCGUACGUUUCAAGGACAUAAGCAAGUUCCAAGAAGAGGUGCUGAACUUGCCUUUAGCAGGCAUUGAAGCCGUUCUGUACAGCGAUAAUCUUCAAGUAGCGUCAGAGGAUGCUGUUUAUGAUUUUGUGCUGAAGUGGGCCCGUAUACAUUACCCUAAGUUGGAGGAACGUCGAGAAAUCUUAAGCACACGGCUCCUUCGCUUCAUCCGUUUCCCAUGUAUGAGUUGCAGAAAACUGAAGAAGGUCCUGGUAUGCAAUGAUUUUGAUCCUGAAAUCGCUUCCAAGGUAGUACUUGAUGCUCUCUUUUUCAAGGCUGAAGCUCCAUAUCGACAGCGUUCUCUCGUGGUGAAGGUCCUGGUAUGCAAUGAUUUUGAUCCUGAAAUCGCUUCCAAGGUAGUACUUGAUGCUCUCUUUUUGAAGGCUGAAGCUCCAUCUCGACAGCGUUCUCUCGUGGCAGAGGAGGCCAACACUUCCUCCCGUCGUUUUGUGGAGCGUGCAUACAAAUAUCGACCAGUCAAGGUCGUCGAAUUUGAAUCGCCUCGUCUGCAGUGCAUUGUUUAUCUGGAUCUGACGCAGGGCGAGUGCGCGCAACUCUUCCCAGCUGGUCGAGUCUACUCGCAGGCUUUUCACUUGGGCGGGCAAGGAUUUUUCCUAUCGGCCCACUGCAACAUGGACCAACAGAGUUCUUUCCAUUGUUUUGGGCUGUUCUUAGGGAUGCAAGAGAAGGGGUCAGUAGCAUUUGCUGUUGACUACGAGUUUGCAUCAAGAGCAAAACCAUCCGAGGAGUUUGUGAGCAAGUACAAAGGAAACUACACCUUCACCGGAGGAAAGGCAGUUGGCUAUCGGAACCUGUUUAGUGUCCCGUGGUCUGCAUUUAUGGACAAUGACAGCCCUUACUUCAUCGGCGGGAUUCUCCAUCUAAGAGCUGAGCUUACAGUUAAGCAAUGA